AUCAGUAGUUUAUAAGUUAUCCUAAGGCAAACAACACAGUUUUACAGAACUCAUUUCUAAAACUUUUUACAAUUCCCAGAAUACUUUUCACAAGAUUUCCACACCCAAACGAAAUCUCGAUACAAGUACGUCGGAAUUUUCAAGGCAAUAGAUAAGUUCAACAUUUGAUUUAGGGUGCCAGAUAAGGCACCAAAACCCCAUUUAGUCCUCGUCGUUUUACUUUCGCUCUAUAGACUACCCCUCGCGACCAACCCUAAACCGCAAUGGCCCCAUUCGUGCGGGCCCGCAACGUGACCGUCACCCACAAUUCGCAGGUCCAGUGGUCGCGUCAGGACAUCUUGGAGUGGUGCAACGACAUGCUCCAGUGCAGGAUCACCAAGAUCGAGCACCUGUGCACCGGGGCUGCCUACUGCCACCUGAUGGACAUGCUCUUUCCCGGCGUGGUCAACCUGAGUCGCGUCAAGUUCCUCUCGAACCAGGAGUACGAGUACAUUGCCAACUUCAAGGAACUGCAGAUCGGCUUCAAUCGGGCCAGGGUCAAUGCCCCCAUUCCGGUGGACCAACUGAUCAAGGGUCGCUUCCAGGACAACUUUGAAUUCGCCGUCUGGUUCCGGCACUUCUUCACGGCCAACUACAACGAGGUCGAGUGCUGUGACUACGAUCCCUUGGCUGCCCGUGGCCAGCAGGAUAUAGGAGUGGGUGCCUCGCGAUCCAACACGCCACAAAGUGCCAGGCCCUUUGGUAUUCGUCGAAAGCCUCUGGUGGACACGCCCAGGAUCGCAAGGAAGCUGCUGGCCACUCGGGAGGAUGACGAGGAUAGUAGGGUUGGUGCAACCCCUCAAAAGCCGCCGAAACCCAGUCUCCGGAAGCAGCCGAGAGGGACAAUCGAGCCCACUUCGCCAAAGAUGGGCAGGACCAAGCCUCGUAUCCACGAGGACAAAGCUUCUUUGUUCUUCACGAGCAACAGCGUCGAGCUGGAGAAUAUCCUGUCUCCCCAGGACAUAGAAUACUCGUCAGACGAUGAAGAAUACGACGAGCCGGUUAAAAAGAAGCCAUUACCUAAGGGCAAGCCCAAGAAGAGUGCCGUUGCAAAAAAGCAGGCUGUCGUGAAGAGGUUCCUGGAGCCAGUGGAGAUUGAGGAGCCAGAGGAGACAGAGCAGCUUUCGGAGCCACCGAAAAACAAGAAGCCGGGGGUUAAUAAGAAGGCAGUGGUUAACCAGAAGCCUAACCAGAAGGCUGCGGUUAAACAGAAGCCAUGUAAGACCAAAAAGCUAGUGGAGAUCGAGGAACCAUCGAAGAGCGAAGAACCAGGGGAGAGCGAAGAAGAACCUGUGGUUAGUCGAAAACCAGUGGUUAGUCAAAAACCAGUAGUUAAACCAAAGCCAAGGCACAAGAAGAAGCCAGUGAAGGAGAUAGAACCGUCGGAAAGCGAAGAACCAGUGGAGGAAGAAGUGGUUAAUAGAAAACCAGUGGUUAGUCAAAAACCAGUAGUUAAACCAAAGCCAAGGCACAAGAAGAAGCCAGUGAAGGAGAUAGAACCGUCGGAAAGCGAAGAAGAACCAGUAGAAGUAGAAGUGGUUAGUCGAAAACCAGUGGUUAGUCAGAAACCAGUAGUUAAACCGAAGCCAAAGAACAAGAAACCAGUGAAAGAGGUAGAACCGUCGGAAAGCGAAGAACCAGUGGAGGAAGAAGUGGUUAAUAGAAAACCAGUGGUUAGUCAAAAACCAGUAGUUAAACCAAAGCCAAGGCACAAGAAGCCAGUGAAGGAGGUAGAACCGUCGGAAAGCGAAGAAGAACCAGUGGAGGAAGAAGUGGUUAAUAGAAAACCAGUGGUUAGUCAGAAACCAGCAGUUAAACAAAAGCCGUUGCAGAAGCCAGUGGAGAAAAAAAAGCCAAUCAAGGUAGAAGAAAUAUUGGAAAGCGAAAAAGAACCAGUGGAAGAAGAAGUGGUUAGUCGAAAACCAGUGGUUAGCCAUAAACCAGCAGUUAAACAAAAGCCUUUGCAGAAGCCAGUGGAGAAAAAAAAGCCAAUCAAGGUAGAAGAAAUAUUGGAAAGCGAAAAAGAACCAGUGGAAGAAGAAGUGGUUAGUCGAAAACCAGUGGUUAGCCAUAAACCAGCAGUUAAACAAAAGCCUUUGCAGAAGCCAGUGGAGAAAAAAAAGCCAAUCAAGGUAGAAGAAAUAUUGGAAAGCGAAAAAGAACCAGUGGAAGAAGAAGUGGUUAGUCGAAAACCAGUGGUUAGCCAUAAACCAGCAGUUAAACAAAAGCCUUUGCAGAAGCCAGUGGAGAAAAAAAAGGCAAUCAAGGUAGAAGAAAUAUUGGAAAGCGAAGAAGAACCCAUGGAAAUCGAAGAGGUUCAUCGAAAACCAGUGGUUAGCCAGAAACCAGCAGUUAAACAAAAGCCGUUGCAGAAGCCAGUGGAGAAAAAAAAGCCAAUCAAGGUAGAAGAAAUAUUGGAAAGCGAAGAAGAACCCAUGGAAAUCGAAGAGGUUCAUCGAAAACCAGUGGUUAGCCAGAAACCAGCAGUUAAACAAAAGCCGUUGCAGAAGCCAGUGGAGAAAAAAAAGCCAAUCAAGGUAGAAGAAAUAUUGGAAAGCGAAGAAGAACCCAUGGAAAUCGAAGAGGUUCAUCGAAAACCAGCGGCUAGUCAUAAACCAGCAGUUAAACCAAAGUCAUGUCAGAAAAAGAAGCCACUGGAGAUCGAAGAACCAUCGGAGAGCGAAGAAGAAUCUGUGGAGAUUGAACAACCAUUGGUUAAAAAAAAACUCUUGCGUAAACCGAAGCCAUAUAAAAAAAAGAAGCCAGUGGAGAUCGAAGAAUCAUCGGAGAGCGAAGAAGAACCAUUGGAGAUAGAACCACCGUUGGUUAAUAAAAAACCCUUGGUUAAGCUAAGGCCAGGACAGAAGAAACCAAAUGUGACCAAGAAACUAGUGGAGUCCGAAGAACCCAUGGAGUGCGAACCACCGUUGGUUAAACAGAAGAAGAAACCAUGUGUGAACGAAGAACCAUUGGAGACUGAAGUGCCUCAGCCAGUGGUUAAGCGAAAACCAUGGCAAAACAAAAAAACUAUGGAGAUCGAAGAAUUCCUGAGCACCAAGGAACCAGAAGGAUCAUCGAAUAUCAAAAAACCAUGGAUGUUCAGUGAACUGGAGAAGCUCAAAAAGUCAUUGGGGAUCGAACAACCAGUGGAAUUAAAAAAACCAUUGGAGAUCAGACAGUCCGUGGAGGAGUUGAUGAGGACAAUGGAGAGCGUCAAGGACAGAGUCCGCCGGAUAGAGCAUAGUUUGGGAAAGGAUGCGGAGAUAUCUCAGUGCAUUACGGACCGAAUCAAGCGGAUCGAGGAAGCCAAGCAAGCGGCGUUGGACUCGCCCCGAAUCAAGUACAUCAGGGAGAGAGUCGUAGUGCUGAGGCAGGAGUUCAACGAGUUGAGUGAUAAAAUGGGUAAUCUGGGCAAAAGCUCCCACAUGUGCAAUGUGGACUACAGCACCCAGUUCAAGGAUAACAAGGACAAUAACAGAGAAACACAGAUGGACAGAGACGAUAACAAGGAGAAUAUUUCAAACAUAGCUAGACAGAUGUACAUAGAGAGUACCCAGAUUAUGAGUUGCAAGGAUAACAAUAACAAGGACAGGGACAUUGAUACCGCUGUGGAGGAGGAAUCUAAUUUGCCCAAGACGAACUAUGCGCGCUCGGAAGUCAGUGGGGAUGAGGCACUCAUCGAGAUCUACAGGUCGCCAAUAUUCAGCUACAAAACCAGCGAGAUGGAGGUCGCCGAGGAGGAGGAGCCCUCCUCACUGGCGGGACGGAUCACUCGCCCGAAUAAUCGGUCCCCAUCCGAACCGGCGAGUCGAACCAGUUGGACCAGUCCGAUGGCAAUAGACGGUCUUUCGCGAGAUCUGGCCAACAUGUUAUCUCUGGAGAAUUUCACCAGUGAGCAGAUCAUGGCCGAAGUGCGUCUUCACUGUGGCGUGCGUCUGCUGAUACAGAAACCCGAUCUCGGCAAGGACACCGAUGAGGCAGUGGCCACCGUCAGGCAGGACGUGGCCUGCAGCACCGCAGAGGACCACCUCGCCGAGUAACUGCUUCCAAACGAGUUCCAACUUCCGGUCGUCCAUCGUUCGGAGGCCCCUCUCCAGGCACAGCUAAAUUACCAGUAUCGCAUUUUUGUGUUUAGAGCCGUGUCCUUGUUACAGAAGCUGCUAAAUUAGGUUUUGUAAUUUGCAUAUUAUUAAAUUAAGCCUUUUGGAAUCUGAA